CGCGGGUCGCGCUCGGCGGCUGGGUUCGUGGGGUUGACUGGGAACGCAGAGGCGAGGGGCCGGGGGCGCGGACGGCAGGAUGCCCGACAUCAGGGUCACACCCCUGGGGGCCGGCCAGGAUGUGGGCCGAAGCUGCAUCCUGGUCUCCAUUGCGGGCAAGAACGUCAUGUUGGACUGUGGGAUGCACAUGGGCUUUAACGACGACAGGCGCUUCCCCGACUUUUCCUACAUCACCCGCAAUGGCCGGCUGACCGACUUCUUGGACUGCGUGAUCAUCAGCCACUUCCACCUGGACCACUGUGGGGCGCUCCCCUACUUCAGCGAGAUGGUGGGCUACGAUGGGCCCAUCUACAUGACCCACCCCACCCAGGCCAUCUGCCCCAUCCUGCUGGAGGACUACCGCAAGAUCGCCGUUGACAAGAAGGGCGAGGCCAACUUCUUCACCUCCCAGAUGAUCAAGGACUGCAUGAAGAAAGUGGUGGCCGUCCGCCUCCACCAGACGGUCCAGGUGGAUGAUGAACUGGAAAUCAAGGCCUACUAUGCGGGCCACGUGCUGGGGGCAGCCAUGUUCCAGAUUAAAGUGGGCUCAGAGUCUGUGGUCUACACGGGUGAUUAUAACAUGACCCCGGACCGGCAUUUGGGAGCUGCCUGGAUUGACAAAUGCCGCCCCAACCUGCUCAUCACAGAGUCCACGUACGCCACAACCAUUCGGGACUCCAAGCGCUGCCGGGAGCGAGACUUCCUAAAGAAGGUCCACGAGACCGUGGAGCGUGGUGGGAAGGUGCUGAUACCUGUGUUCGCGCUGGGCCGCGCUCAGGAGCUCUGCAUCCUGCUAGAGACCUUCUGGGAGCGCAUGAACCUGAAGGCUCCCAUCUACUUCUCCACGGGCCUGACGGAGAAGGCCAACCACUACUACAAGCUCUUCAUUACCUGGACCAACCAGAAGAUCCGGAAGACCUUUGUCCAGAGGAACAUGUUCGAGUUCAAGCACAUCAAGGCCUUCGACCGUGCAUUUGCCGACAACCCAGGUCCCAUGGUCGUGUUUGCCACACCAGGGAUGCUGCAUGCUGGCCAGUCUCUGCAGAUCUUCCGGAAGUGGGCAGGCAAUGAGAAGAACAUGGUCAUCAUGCCCGGCUACUGUGUGCAGGGCACUGUGGGCCACAAGAUCCUCAGCGGGCAGCGCAAGCUGGAGAUGGAGGGACGGCAGGUGCUGGAGGUCAAGAUGCAGGUGGAGUACAUGUCCUUCAGUGCCCACGCAGACGCCAAGGGCAUCAUGCAGCUAGUGGGCCAGGCAGAGCCUGAGAGCGUGCUGCUGGUGCAUGGCGAGGCCAAGAAGAUGGAGUUCCUGAAGCAGAAGAUCGAGCAGGAAUUCCGGGUCAACUGCUACAUGCCGGCCAACGGUGAGACAGUGACGCUGCCCACGAGCCCCAGCAUCCCUGUGGGCAUCUCGCUGGGGCUGCUGAAGCGGGAGAUGGCUCAGGGGCUGCUCCCCGACAUCAGAAAGCCCCGACUCCUGCACGGCACCCUGAUCGUGAAAGACAGCAGCUUCCGGCUCGUGUCCUCAGAGCAAGCCCUCAAGGAGCUGGGCCUGGCGGAACACCAGCUGCGCUUCACCUGCCGCGUGCAGCUGCAUGACUCACGCAAGGAGCAGGAGACGGCUGCGCGCGUCUACAGCCACCUCAAGAGCAUCCUCAAGGACCACUGCGUGCAGCACCUUCCUGACGGCUCCGUGACUGUGGAGUCCAUCCUCGUCCAGGCUGCAGCCCACUCGGAGGACCCAGGCACCAAGGUGCUGUUGGUCUCCUGGACAUACCAGGACGAAGAGCUGGGGAGCUACCUCACGGCACUACUCAAGAAAGGCCUGCCCCAGGCCCCCAGCUGAGGCCAGCUGACCGCUAGUCAGCCACCUCUGCCUUUUGCUCAGCUGGAGGAACCUGGGCUUCCGCUCCAGGACCAUGUCUGCCCUGGGUUUUCCCUGUGUGUCCCAGUGUGAGCCACAGCCCUCAUCUUCGGGGACAAGAUCACAGUGUCACGUCCCUGCCCGAGUGGCUGUUUUUGGCUGAAGAAAUGAAAGAGUCUGGGGGCCUCUUCACCUUUUAUUUCUAUUUCUGGGUGGGGGCUCCCAGAGUAUUAAUUUGCAGUAAAGACAGAACCAAGGCUG